AUGUCGACGCGCGAUUGGAAAGCGAUUGUUGCUGAGAAGCGACUUCAGCAAUCCGAGGCCAUUGCCACGGCGGGAACGCAAGUGCCUAUGAAGGGAUCUAGUCCUGAGCACGCCGUGAAUGGGCAGAAUGGAUUUCACUCGAUUACGGAUAUCAGCGAUGCAGCGACUCUGACUGGCAAGAUUGCCCGUGGUGAGGUUACGAGUGAGGCUGUGACGAGCGCCUACAUUGCACGCGCGAUUGAAGCACACAAGAUGACAAAUUGGCAAGCCAUUCUUACCGAAGUUUUGUUCCAAGAAGCCUUGGAACAGGCAAAGAAGCUCGAUGACUUUUAUGCCAAAGAAGGCAAGACAGUAGGACCCUUGCAUGGCAUUCCGGUCACUCUCAAAGACCAGUUCAACGUCAAAGGUCAUGACACGACACUGGGAUACACCAGCCGAGCCCUUAAACCUGCUUCUGAAGAUGCCAUACUAGUCAGCAUGUUGAAGCAACUCGGUGCCAUCAUAAUCGCUAAGACCAACCUUCCACAAAGCAUAAUGUGGUGUGAGACUGAGAACCCGCUCUGGGGCUUGACGACCAACCCUAUGAUGCCUGGAUACACGCCAGGAGGCUCUACAGGCGGCGAGUCCGCUCUGCUUUACAUGCAUGGAAGUAUGAUAGGGCUCGGAACCGAUAUCGGCGGUAGCAUUCGUAUUCCUGCUCAUAUGAUGGGACUUUAUGGAUUCAAGCCAAGCAGUUCUCGCCUCCCUUACACAGGAGUACCAGUCUCUACCGAAGGCCAGGAGCAUGUACCCUCGUCCAUCGGCCCUCUUGCUCGUUCCCUCUCAUCUAUCCAUCAUAUGAUGAAAGAAACAAUCAAUAAGGAGCCUUGGACUAAAGAUAGCCGAUGCACACCAAUUCCAUGGCGACAGGAUGUCUACGAAAGCGCGUCACAGCGAAAGCUAACCAUUGGCGUCUUGUACGAUGACGGGGUCGUAAAGCCCCAUCCACCUAUUUCACGAGUCCUCGAAGAAACUGUAGCUGCCUUGACUGCAGAGGGCCACGAGGUGAUAGAAUGGAACGACAAGCUUCACGCAGAGUGUAUCGAAGUUAUGGAUCUCUUCUAUACUGCCGAUGGAGGAGAGGACAUCCGUCGAGAGGUGGAAGCAGGCGGAGAGCCCUUCAUCCCACAUGUCGACAAGCUGAUCAACCGCGGCAAACCCAUUUCGGUCUUUGAAUACUGGCAGCUCAACAAGCGGAAGCGAGCCCUGCAACAAGCAUACCUUGAAAAGUGGAACAGUAUCCUCUCUCCUCGAACCGGGCAACCUGUCGACGUGCUCCUCAUGCCCCCAAUGCCGCACCCCGCAGUUCCUCACCGAGCGACGAGGUGGGUGGGAUACACUAAAGUGUGGAACUUUGUCGACUACACUGCUUUGGUGAUUCCCGCUGGCAAGGUUAAAGCGGAAGACUGCAAAGCGGCUUGGGAUCAUGCGCCGAGGAACGAGAUGGACGAGUGGAAUGCCAAGAUUUGGGAGGAGAAUAAGCAAGACAUGGCCGAGAAGGAACUCCCUAUCGGCGUUCAGCUGGUGGGACGGAACUUGGAUGAGGAGAAGGUCCUGGCUAUUGGGAAAGUAUUGGACGAUAUGCUGCAGUCAAGGAUGCAUGUGACCAAGUGA